AUGGAAGACACUAAGAUUCCCACAGAGAAUCAGGCCUGCGUUAUGCAGGCCAUUGGUCAGCUUGGGAUAGAGAGCAGACAGCUUCCACCUGAGCCAGGACCUUAUGAUGUCGUAGUAGCACCAAAGAAGACCGGAUUGUGCGGUUCAGACAUGCACAUUUUCCUUGACGGACGGGCCGGAGAAUCAGUUUUUGAUAAACCGCUUAUACUAGGCCACGAAGCUGCAGGCAUCGUUGCCAAAGGCAAGUUGCAUUUCACCUUGCAAGUCGGAGAUCGAGUUGCUAUGGAACCUGGUAUCUGCUGCCUGCGCUGUGAAUUCUGCAAAGGAGGAUCUUAUGGGCAAUGCGGCGAUUUCAAGUUUGCUGCUGCGGAUGGGUUUGACGGCACUCUACAAGGGUUCUUUACCAUUCCUGCUGAUUUUUGCUACCUACUUCCUGAAAAUGUCUCGUUAGAGGAAGGAGCAUUGGUUGAACCACUGAGUGUUGCAGUCAUGGCGGUCCAAAGCGUGGCCAAGAUGCCGCAUAAUGCCAAUGUCGCUGUGUUUGGGGCUGGGCCUGUUGGCCUGCUCACCAUGGCCGUGGCAAAGGCUCUCGGUGCACGACGAAUCCUUGCGGUUGAUGUUCAGCCGAAACGUCUCGAGUUUGCUCAGAACUAUGCAGCCACGGAAGUCCACCAAGCUAUAGCCAAGGAGCCGGGCGAGGACAGCAUGACCUAUGCGAAGCGACAUGCAAAAGUAAUCAUGGAAAAGUUUGGCUUUGGCGAGAGGGGCGAGGGCAUCGACCUUGUCAUCGAAUGUUCAGGUGCCGAAGUUUGCGUCCAGACCGGAAUCUGGUUGGUCAAACGCCGGGGAACCUGCGUCCAGGUCGGCGCUGGUCCCGCCAACAACCUAAUUCCCAUGUCCAUCUUUGUCAACAAGGAAGUCAGGCUGAUUGGCAGUCUGAGGUACGGACCUGGAUGUUACGCCUUGGCGAUUGAUCUUGUCCGUCAAGGACGUAUAGACUUGAAACCCCUGUUGACUCACCGUUUUCCUUUCACCGAUGCAAAGCUUGCCUUUAAGACGACCCAAGAUGGAAUUGGCCCAGAUGGGAAAAUGGCCAUCAAGACAAUCAUUGAUGGACCACUGGCAUGA